AUGGAAGAUCUCGAGCAAACUGAACGAGAUCUGUUGGAGCGGUCCCACCAAAUCAUCACCUUAAGCGAAUAUUUUGCAUGGGCACAGCGAUGCGAGGAGUUUAUUAAACAGCUUGAAGAACGCAGUCGUGUCAAGCGUUCACGACUCUCAAUCGGACAUAGACAAUCUUUGGUUGCUAGAAUCACACGACUCGAGGGUGUAAAGACUCGCUUGGAGAGACAUUUCAUGCACAUCGGUGGUGAAUACGUGGGCACUAGUGACUAUAAUAACGCGAAAAAACUUGUUUGGCGAGAGAUCGAUACAGCAUUUGAAAAUCGUAUAUUGACUGGUGCUGUAAUCAACGCUGAUUAUAUUGAACCGCGACAAUUUUUGGAAGACGCUGGUAGUGUAGUGCUCGAGCAAGUGCAAGACGUUAUAAAAAGACACAACAGUGCAAAAGUGAAUACCACGUUCAAUGGUGAGUUUGUGACGGGAGAUAAACGUGCUAAUAAGAGUAUCAACACGAAAAACUAUGAACUCUUUCAAACAUCAAACUUAUACGAGUGGUACAAGCAGCAUGUCAUCGAAUUCAUAUUGGCAUCCCUCGAAGAUUUCCAGGAACGUGAUAGCGGGUGGGCGUUAUCACGAAUCCUUAAUCUUACGGUCAACAUCAACAAGCACAAUCCAUUGCAUGCAGGGUGUUAUAUCCAGUUGCCUCGGGAGAUAAUGAUGAAGAAAGCGGUGAUCAAUGUAAAAUCUAUGGAUGAUGCAUGUUUUGCAUGGUCAGUGGUCGCUGCUUUGCAUCCUGCCAAAGAACAUUCAUAUCGGGAAUCUUCAUAUCCACAUUAUGCGACAGUGCUAAAUUUGCAAAACAUUAAGUUUCCAAUGACGUUGAAUCAAAUAAAAAAAUUUGAACAAUUAAAUAAUCUCUCAAUCAAUGUAUAUUGCACAGAAAAAACAAAGGAACAACUUGCAAUUUUACCACUACGGCUUGCUGAUAAGAAGAAAGAGAAGCAUGUCAAUCUGUUGUAUCUGCAGGACCCGCGAGAUGACAAUGUGGGACAUUUCACAUGGAUUAAGAAUCUAUCCCGCCUCGUGAGCUCACAACUCAGUAAACAUGAACAUAAAAAAUACUUGUGCGAUCGAUGUUUGCACUAUUUCAGCACGAACGAGAAAUUGGAAGCCCACGUCGUUGAUUGUCGAGAAUUAAAUGACUGUGCUAUCCAACUACCGAGCGAAGAUAACAAAUGGCUGAGUUUCAAAAACUACAACAGAAAGGAACGAGUUCCCUUUGUGGUGUAUGCUGACUUGGAAUGCGUUCUAAAGAAGCUAAAUACAGAUCCGAGAAUGCCGACAUAUGCGUCUCAGCAUCAUGAAGUAUUCAGCGUUGGAUAUUACAUGCACUGCACUUACGAUGAGUCUUUAUCAAGGUAUCGAUUUCAUCACGGUAAAAAUUGCGUUGCAUGGUUCGCAGAGCAAUUAAAAAAUAUAGCGCAUAACGUUAAGGAUAUUCUGUCGGCUAAUGUCCCCAUGGAUUUCACGCGAGACGAAUGGGAAAAUUUUAAUAGUGCUACACACUGUCAUGUGUGUGAAAAACCGUUCGCGCCAAACGACACACGGGCACGCGAUCAUUGUCAUUUGACCGGUCGUUAUAGAGGUCCCGCACAUUCAGAUUGCAAUUUAAAUUACAAAGAUUCACAUUGCAUUCCUAUAGUUUUUCACAACUUAUCUGGGUAUGAUGCACAUUUCAUCAUCAAAGAGAUAGCUACCGCGUACGAAGGGAAAAUCGACUUACUUCCCAUCACAAAAGAAAAAUACAUUUCAUUUACUAAACAUGUUAAAAACACUGAAGAUAAUGAGCGGAAAAUUUGUGUAAAAUUACGGUUUAUCGAUUCUUUCAAAUUUCUUAAUACGAGUCUUGACAAAUUAACAUCCUUUCUCAGUAAUGAUAAACUAUCAAUAUUGCAACGUGAAUUCAGUAAUUUAUCUGCAGAAAAAUUUGAUUUAUUGACGCGAAAAGGCGUGUUUCCCUACGAAUACGUAGAUUGCGUGGACAAGUUGCAGGAUACAUGGUUACCGCCGCGCGAAUUAUUUUACAGUUCUUUGACCGGCGACACUGUAUCCGAAAGCGAUUACGCACACGCUGUCAACGUGUGGCAGCAGUUCUCCAUUCAAACCUUGGGCGAGUACAGCGAUCUGUAUCUGAAAACCGACGUAUUGUUGUUAGCUGAUAUAUUUGAAAACUUUCGUGACAGUUGCGUUGUGAGUUACGGACUCGACCCCGCAUAUUAUUAUACUCUACCGGGUUUUACAUGGGACGCGAUGCUGAAACAUACUUGCAUCAAUUUCGAACUACUCACAGAUAUUGAAAUGGUUAUGUUUAUCGAGCGUGGCAUACGCGGUGGCCUGAGCCAAUGUUCGUGCAGAUAUGCGAGGGCCAAUAACAAGCACAUGCAGUCGUACGAUCCAUCGAAACCAUCGUCGUACCUCAUGUACUUUGACGUAAACAAUCUAUACGGAUGGGCAAUGUGUCAACCAUUGCCUUACGCCGAAUUUCAAUGGGUCAAAAACAUCUCAAACUUUGACGUUACCACAAUUGCUUCAGAUUCGCCCACAGGUUAUAUUUUCGAGGUCGAUCUAGAGUACCCACAAAAUAAACACAACGCGCACACCGAUCUACCAUUCUGUCCAACGCAUGAAAAACCGCCUGGCAAGUUGCAGCUCAAGCUCCUCGCGACUCUGUAUGAUAAGAAGCGUUACGUAAUACACUAUCGCAAUCUGCAGCAGUGCAUGCGUCACGGUCUUCGUAUCACAAAGAUAUACCGUAUAUUACAAUUCGCACAAUCUUCAUGGCUUCGCAAUUACAUUCAGCUUAAUACAAAUUUCAGAACUCAUGCCAAGAACGAUUUUGAGAAAAAUUUGUAUAAAUUAAUGAACAACGCGGUAUUCGGGAAAACCAUGGAGAACGUGCGCAAUCACGUUAAUGUAAAAUUAUUAACAAAGUGGGGCGGGCGGUAUGGCGCUGAGGCAAUGAUUGCGAAACCAAAUUUCCAUAGUCGAAGCGUCUUUUCGGAAAAUCUAGUCGCCAUUGAAUUGCGAAAACUUAAGACAAAAUUCGACAAACCGAUUUAUGUGGGUAUGUCUAUUCUUGACAUAUCCAAGACAUGUUUGUAUGAAUUUCAUUAUGAGUAUAUGUUACCAUUGUUUCACAAUAAAUGUAAAGUCAUGUACACCGAUACGGAUAGUCUUAUAUAUCACAUCGAGUGCAAUGAUGUGUACGAUAUCAUGAAGCGUGACAUUAGUAGAUUUGACACGAGCGAUUAUCCGGUUGACAAUGCAUAUGGUAUUCCACGUGUCAAUAAAAAAAAACUAGGGCUGAUGAAAGAUGAAAAUAAUGGCGCGAUAAUGACAGAGUUCGUUGGACUUAGAGCAAAAAUGUACGCAUUAAGGGUAGACGGUAGAAAAGACACUAAAAAGGUCAAAGGUGUCAAGAGUAACAUCAUAGCGCAUACUAUAACGUUCGACGAUUAUAUGCUGUGUCUGCGAGAUGAAAUUGAAAUGACACGACAGCAGACUUGUAUAAGAUCGAAAUUGCAUGAGGUGUACACCAUCCACGAGACGAAAAUUGCUCUGAGUCCAUACGACGAUAAGCGAUAUGUAGAUUCGACUGUAAAUACAUUACCAUGGGGACAUUAUCGGAUACCUUUAUAA